CUUUCAUCAUGGCGACUGUUGACGAUGAAGAUAUUGUCGAUGACGAGCAACUUGAGUCUCUGCUGUCUUUUCCAGCAGAUGUCCAGGAAGCUAUAGAUCAAGUGCUUCCAAGCAAUGAUCCCCUUGACAGACCAGACUUCAAUCCAGUGGAUUAUAUCAACUCACUGUUUCCUACUGAACAGUCUCUGGCAAACAUAGAUGAUGUUGUCAAUAAAAUUAGGUUCAAAAUAAGACGCCUUGAUGAUGAAGUGCGGGCAGUGGUUCGGGGGCAGACAAAUGUGGGUGAAGAAGGUAGACAGGCCUUGGAAGAAGCACAGAAGGCUAUCCAAGAUCUGUUCACCAAGAUCAAGGAUAUCAAAGACAAGGCCGAGAAGUCGGAGGAAAUGGUAAAGGAGAUAACCCGAGACAUCAAACAGUUGGACCAUGCGAAGCGACACCUGACCUCUUCUAUCACCACACUGAAUCACCUACACAUGCUGGUGGGAGGGGUAGAUUCACUCACAUCAUUAACACGAAGACGUCAGUACGGAGAGGUGGCCAACCUGCUUCAGGGUGUACUGAACGUGCUGGAGCACUUCGACAAGUACAUGUCCAUACCCCAGAUCAAACUGCUUGCUGACAAGGUGAAACAAAUUCAGUCAGAACUCGGAACACAGAUCAUUGCUGACUUUGAAGAAGCCUUCCAGGGAGCUGGCGCCAAGUAUGGGCCUAGCAAUCAGAAACAGCUGAGGGAGGCGUGCUAUGUGGUCAAUGUCCUUGACCCACGGGUGAAGCGGGACCUCCUCAGCUGGUUUGUGAAGCUGCAGCUGUCCGAGUAUCUUGUGUUGUUUGCCCAGGACCAGGAUGUUGCGUGGCUGGACAAGAUAGACCGACGGUAUGCCUGGAUCAAGCGGACCCUGGUGGACUUUGAGGAGAAGUUCGGUCACUUGUUUCCCCCCGAUUGGGAGGUCAGCGAGAGGAUUUGUGUGGAGUUCUGCGACAUAACCAGGAGAGAGUUAUCUCGUAUAAUGGGGCGCAGAGCGGUGGAGAUUGAUGUGAAGUUGCUGUUGUUUGCGAUACAACGCACCACCAACUUUGAGACUCUGAUAUCAAAACGUUUCAUGGGCGUUACUCUGAAUGAGGCACAGGGGAAGCCUCCCACUCCAGCUCCAGCACCAUCAACAAACCCCUUUGAAGAAUCAACAAACCCUUUUGAAAAUGAGAGUGAUCAGGAAGUCACAUCCCCGUCAGGAGAAGAGUCCAAGUCAGUUGCAAAAUCUCAAGCCACUCCUUUCACUGGAAUCAUCUCUCGAUGUUUUGAAGCUCAUCUGAAUAUAUACAUUGAAUCACAAGACAGGAAUCUAGCUGAGCUUAUUGGGCGCUUCCUGGAGGAUCUGCGACAGCACGGCACACCGCGUAUGGAGACUGACGAGGGAAGCAACGUGCUGCCCAGCUGUGCAGACCUGUUCGUGUUCUACAAGAAGUGUAUGGUCCAGUGUUCCCAGUUGUCCACUGGUCAACCAAUGCAAGACCUCACCAAAACAUUCCAGAAGUAUCUCAAGGAGUACGCCAUCAGGGUCCUGCUCAACAAUCUGCCCAAGCUGAGCAGUCAGAGCAGCAGCAUCAGCUCGGCGACAGGGCUGAUCCAGAGCAUCCUGAAGGAGGGGGAGGUGACGAAGCUGACAGAGGAGGAGCAGUGUCGGACGUGCAGCAUCCUGUGUACUGCGGAGUACUGCAUGGAGACUACGCAGCAGCUGGAGGAGAAGCUGCGUGAGAAGGUGGACGACCGUCUUGCAGCAAACAUUGAUCUCAACGCAGAGCAGGAUAUGUUUCACAAUGUUAUAUCCAACUGCAUCCAGCUGCUGGUGCAGGACCUGGAGACUGCCUGUGAGCCGGCGCUGACAGCCAUGAGUAAGAUGCCAUGGUCCACCAUCGAGGCUGUGGGAGACCAGAGCGGCUACGUGACGGCCAUCUCCUCCCACCUGAAGACCAACCUGCCCAUCAUCAGGGACAACCUGGCAGCCUCCAGGAAGUACUUCACUCAGUUCUGUGUCAAGUUUGCGAACUCCUUCAUACCAAAGUUCAUCAACCAGCUGUGUAGGUGUAAACCCAGCAGCACCGUGGCAGCAGAACAGCUGCUUCUGGACACUCACAGCCUGAAGACCGUGCUGCUGGACCUCCCCUCUCUCGGCUCCCAGCUCAACCGGAAGGCCCCCGCCAGUUUUACAAAGAUUGUUGUCAAGGGAAUGACAAAAGCCGAGAUGAUAUUGAAGGUCGUGAUGUCCCCCCAUGACCCUCCCCAGGGCUUCGUGGACAACUUCAUCAGGCUCCUCACAGACUCCGACAUCAACGACUUUCAGAGGGUUCUUGAUAUGAAGGGCCUGCGUCGCAGCGAGCAGAGUCACCUGAUCGACAUGUACCGAGUGAGAAACCCUGCAGGAUCCAGCUCCAGUCUAGGGGAGGGAACUGCUGUUGGGUCACACGCCCAGGGAUCAUCACCAGAACCAGAAUCAAGUAGAAUUAAAAAAUUAGAAAGGCUUAUAAAAAAACGAUUAUAGGUAUUCAUUUCAUUAAAGGCUGCUUGUUUGGUUGUAUAUUAUUUUGUAAUUGUAAGCUGCGUUAUGUUUAAAUAAUUUGUAUAUUCAUUUGUACAUAUAAGAAUUUUGUAAAUAAAUGGUUGUGUAUUAGGAAUUGUCAAACAUAUAUCUGCAGUUUCACCGUCAUUGUAUUAUAUACAAUUAUUUAUUAGUGUGUUAUAUCUUACUGGGCUGUUAGAGCUUGGAGCUGAAAUUGAUAACUGGCGUGGUCAUUACUGUAGUCAGUGUAAUUAACACCCUCACUAUGGGACCAGUCAUUUAUCACAGGGGGUGGGUCGUUCCAGAGGCUUUUGAUGCAUUAUUGUACUGAAAAUAAUUAAUCCUCCCUUAAUGCUUGUCACAUGUCGGAUAACCCUCACCACGUCUUUGUUCAUUGUUUACAUGACCCUCCCCGAACAGACAAAGUGCAAAAGCUCUUUAUGUUUUAGAAUGAAAUGUCCACAGUACUCCAAAUGAGUGCAAUUCGUAUCAGCACAUCUUUGAGUUGUUUAUUUACAGAAUCCCCAGUAGACUUCCUGUAGCCAAUCUGUAAUCUACUGAUAGUAUCUGAAUCAGUGGGGUAGCGUAGCAGCAGUUGCUCGUCCUGUGAUACUGCUAAAUAGUGCUAAAAGAGGCGUAAAACCUUACUCACUUACUAUAUAUUAGGACUCGACCCUCUCUGUGGUGUAGUUGAUAGAGCGUCUGCCAGGAGCCUGAAGGUCUGUGAUUCAAUUCCUCUCCUUAUCAUGAGAUAAGGUAUUAAAUGAUGGUUCUUGUUGUUACCCUGCAUGGCAUUGGGCUUUAAGGGGAUAAAACUAGGUCUAUUCAGCUCAGAGUCAGUAUACCAGUCAGUUGACCAGACUUGAUUAUUACCGACCGCCAUCAUAUAGCAGGAAUAAUGCUGUUUGUGGUGUUAAAGGACAAACAAACAAACAGACACACUUAAAGAUGGAAUUAUGGUCAUCAAGAUAGCCUGUUCGUAAUUCUGAAUAUUUUUGGCAUAGAUAUGUCUGACAUUAUGAUAACCGGCAAAUGGUUCCCACUCAGGAGGUAUCUUAUUUAGCUCCCACUUAGCCUUCUGACUUGAUGGACCACCUCAGGGGUUUUGUGGAUAGAGCAUCAACCUCAAGAGCGGAAGGCGGAUAGGUCAAUCCCGGUGGGUGUCAUACCAAAAGACAUUAAAAGAUGGUACUUGUUGUUACCCUGCCUGGUGCUCAGCAUUAAGGGAUUAAAACAAGGACUGAUCAGCUUGGAAUCAGGUAUCCAUGUGAAUCUGAGGAAUGGUAGCUCAGUGGGUCUGGUCUAGUACAAGGAGACACACACACACAUGCAUGGACGUUGCUAUAUAAGUGCAAUAAUCUUGAACAAGAUGUUUAACCCCAUUGUACCUCACCUCAGCUUCGGACCGCCUCCGUGGUCUAGUGGUAGAGCGUCCGCCCAGAGAGCGGAAGGUCCGGAUUUCGAUCCCCGGCCGCAACAUUCCAAAAGACGUUAAAAGAUGGUACUUGUUGUUACCCUGUCUGGCG